AUGAAUUAUCAACAAGAAAAAAGAAAUUCAGUAAUAAGAUAAGAUAAUGUGAGAGCCUCUUUAACUUAACUAAUGUAAUCCCCUCAAAAAUAGGAGAUUAUCUAAAGUAAUGAACGACAUACUGGCUGCAUUGAGAGGAUGAGAGUACUUACUCAAGAAUUGUAAAGAAUGACAGAAGCAUUAAGAUAAAAAAAUGAAGAUGUGAUAUAUUUGUAAAAAGAAAUCUAAUAUGCUAAAUAAAAUUAGUAAAAUAAUCAAGGCAACGAAGACUUAAUCUAAAAAUUGCAAUUAGAAAGGUAGAAGUUAGAUUAAUUCAAAUAAAUGAAGGAUUAACAAUUAGGCGAACUAGAGGUAGAACUAAAUACGGUGCACAAAGAAUUGAAGGAUGAAAGAUUAUAAAAGCUUGAUUAUGUUAAUCGUUAUUAAAAAUAAUGCGAUGAAGUAGUGAGAUUGUAAAAGGAACUGGAAAAAGCAAAUUAAUAUGCUGUGAAUCCAUAAGAAAUUGAUUAACUGCAUGGACAUAUUGAUGAUUUACAACAUGAAAAUGAGGAAUUAAGAUCAAAGAUGAACAGCCUCUCAAACAAAGUUUAGUAACAACAACAACAAAUUGCAAUUCUGGAAGAUUAACUCACUCAAUAAUCAUUUCAGCCCUCAAAAUAACCCCCUUCAGGACCUACCUCAUAUUAGCUGCCCUAAAUGUAAUAUUAAUAGCAGAUUCUACCUCAAACCUCAAACUAUUAAAAAACAACUACAUAUACUGUUGAAAGUAAAGGAACUAACAAACCAACAGAAGUAAGGAAGCAAGUAGUUUCCACAGUCAACGGAAAAACAGAUGUUUAUGAAUACUCUUCUGCAUAAGACCCUCUAAAUCCUAGAGAGUCAAUAAGUUCUAAAUUGGAUUAGAUUAAUUAGAAAGUUAACCAGACUUAUGAAGUGAGAAAUUCAUAAUUGUAAAAUAACACAUCGAGUUCUUAAUUGCAAAGAGGAUCUAAAUUUUUGCCUGAAGCAUACCAAAAAGAUUUCAAUGAUCUCAAAAGUAAAAUUGAAACUAAGCCUGUAACAGAAUAUAAAACCACAACCGUUACCAAAACCAACAAUAAAUAUUAAAAAUAUUGA